UGACAUUUUCUUCCCGCGAAGGUCAUGUUGAUCAAGAACAUGGACGAGCUGAACGUCAACGGUAGCAUGGGUACCAUUCUUGAGUUUGUCGAACCGAGCCAGUAUAUGCAAAACCCGGAUGACCCGUAUACCGUCGAUACGAAGCCGGGAUCGAAGCCGAACUCGGCCGCUCCUGCCAAGGACACGAAAAAGAGCGCGGCUAUCGCCCAGAAGUGGCCUGUCGUCGAGUUCACAAAUCCCAAGCGCAGGUUACUCAUUCAGCCUGAGGCAUGGAAAGUCGAGCUGCCCGACGGAGAGGUGCAGAUUAGCAGGACUCAAGUGAGGCUUUCCUGGUGCUUGUUGUGGGCGCUCCUUCUCCAUGCUCACUGCAUACAUACAUCUCAGCUCCCUCUUAUCCUGGCCUGGGCAAUGUCUAUCCACAAAUCGCAGGGACAAACGCUCGAGCGCGUCAAAGUUGACCUCGGCCGCAUCUUCGAGAAAGGUAUGUCUCCUUUUCGGUGAC